AUGCAAUUACCACCAGGUUACACUUUUAGAAAAUUGAAAGUUACUGAUUAUGAUAACCAAUAUUUGGAAACUUUGAAAGUUUUAACCACAGUUGGUGAUAUAUCUAAAGAAAGCUUUACCGAGUUAUUUGAACAUUGGUCUUCUUUACCUUCAAUAUAUCAUCCUCAUGUUAUAACAAAUUCUGCAGGGAUUGUAGUUGCAACAGGUAUGUUAUUGGUAGAGAAGAAAUUGAUUCAUGAAUGUGGAUUAGUUGGUCAUAUUGAAGACAUCUCCGUCGCUAAAAGUGAACAAGGUAAAAAGUUGGGUUACUACUUAGUUACUUCCUUGACAAAGAUUGCUGAAGAUAAUAAAUGUUAUAAAGUGAUUUUGGAUUGUUCUCCUGAAAAUGUUGGAUUCUACGAAAAAUGUGGCUACAAGGAUGCUGGUGUUGAAAUGAGCUGUAGAUUUGAUUAA